GAGACAAAAGGAAAUAACGUCAUUUUGCCUUCGGGAGCAGCGAAGGAAGAAGCGGUGGCGAUAAUUUUUAGCAGCUCUUUCAGCCUUCUCCAUAAACCAAUCUUCCCCUGCUUCAUACCCUUUUCUUUUAACAGAUAUUUAGUUUUGUAAAUCAGUUUGGUGUUUACUGUGGUUUACAUUACAUUGUUUUGGUGGUUUAGACUGCUGUCGGCACUUGGAUAAUUCCUGCUUAGAACAAAAGGUAUUUUUGUUAUUCAAGUUGGCACUUACUGAUCGAAGCUUCUGAAUAACUGCCAAGCUCAAAAAGCGGAGAUGAAUUCUGAGGAUAAAACUCUUGUUGAAAUCAUAGAUGAGAAUAAACAGAUUGACCUUGCUAAGUAUAUAAACUAUGUCAGUGCCCCUCAAGCUGGAGCCAUAGCAACAUUUUCAGGCACAACGCGCGACACUUUUGAAGGCAAAACUGUAGUGGAGCUAAGAUAUGAAGCAUAUGUACCGAUGGCAAUUCGAAACCUCAAGUCUAUCUGUUCCUCAGCUAGAUCCUCCUGGGAUCUCCAUUCUAUAGCAGUUGCCCACCGUGUAGGCUCGGUUCCGGUAGGAGAAAUAAGCGUGUUCGUUGCGGUAUCAGCUACUCAUCGUGCUGAUGCCCUAGAUGCCUGUAAGUUUUUGAUCGCUGAGUUAAAGGCAUCUGUUCCAAUAUGGAAGAAGGAGGUUUAUUCUAAUGGAGAGGUUUGGAAGGAGAAUACGGAGUUUCUGGAGCGGAGGUUCAAACAUGGCAAGGAUGGCAGCUGCUGCAGAAGGAAGAUCAAGACCGAGGCACGUGAUAUAAAGGGAUGUUGCAAACCCAAGGUGAAGGAGGAGGAUGCAGCAGAUAUUAGCACCAGCUAAAGCUUAAUUGACGAUAAGUGAGAUUUGCUGUUCACUUGAUCUUCAGUUUUCCAAAUGUGUGGAAAAUUUUGGAAAGUAGAUACUGAAUAUCUCACAGAUAGUUUCAAUGAUUCUAAAUCCCUUUGGACGAAAGAUACUUACAAUAUUGAAUCAGGAUCAGCUAUUAUUACAAAGUAUUGGGUCGUGUUUUUUUUUUUUUUUUUAAGUUGUAAAUAAAAAAUUGAAUAAAAUCGAAUACAUUUAGAUA